AUGGCUGCCUCGCGGCACGACGAUGGCAACGACACGGACGCGUCCAUGGCUGAUGCGCCCGCCUCUCGGCCCCAGUACUACGAGAUGGACGACACCCCAGACUACACAGAGGACUCCGACACCAACCCCAAUACGACGGCGAGCAGCGUCAUCGGCGACGCCGCGCCCGACAGCCGGAGACGCAAGUCUGAGGCCAACCAGCUCCGUCGCAGCAUAUUCGGCCGCAAGCAUGACCGUCUUGGCGAGUCAAAGGAAGACGACACCAUUCGACGAUUCAAGUACCUGCUCGGACUGACCGACCUGUUCCGCCACUUCAUCGACACAAACCCGAACCCCAAGGUGCGCGAGGUUGUUGAGGAGAUUGACCGGCAGAACGCAGAGGCCAGCAAAUCCAAGAAGUCGGCACGCCAGGGCGGUGCGGCUACCGGCCGGCAGCGGCGGACAGAAGCCGAGGAGGAUGCCGAGCUGCUUCGGGACGAGAAACACGGCGGGUCGGCCGAGACCGUCUUCCGCGAGUCCCCGUCCUUCAUCCAGGGCACGAUGCGUGACUACCAAGUGGCCGGCCUCAACUGGCUGAUCUCGCUGCACGAGAACGGUAUCUCGGGCAUCCUCGCCGACGAAAUGGGUCUGGGCAAGACCCUGCAGACCAUCUCGUUCCUGGGCUACCUGCGCCAUAUUAUGGGCAUCACCGGCCCGCACCUGGUCAUUGUGCCCAAGUCGACCCUCGACAACUGGAAGCGCGAGUUUGCCAAGUGGACGCCCGAGGUCAACGUGCUGGUCCUGCAGGGCGCCAAGGAGGAGCGGAACAACCUGAUCAACGACCGCCUGAUCGACGAGAGUUUUGACGUCUGUGUCACCAGCUACGAGAUGAUUCUCCGCGAAAAGGCACAUUUGAAGAAGUUUGCCUGGGAGUACAUCAUCAUCGACGAGGCCCACCGCAUCAAGAACGAGGAGUCGUCGCUCGCCCAGGUCAUCCGCCUGUUCAACUCGCGCAACCGGCUGCUGAUCACGGGCACACCGCUGCAGAACAACCUGCACGAGCUGUGGGCCCUGCUCAACUUCUUGCUGCCCGAUGUGUUUGGUGACUCGGAGGCGUUUGACCAGUGGUUCUCGGGCCAGGGCCGCGACCAGGACACCGUCGUGCAGCAGCUGCACCGCGUGCUGCGGCCUUUCCUGCUGCGGCGUGUCAAGAGCGACGUGGAGAAGAGCCUCCUGCCGAAGAAGGAGGUCAACGUCUACAUUGGCAUGUCGGACAUGCAGGUCAAGUGGUACCAAAAGAUCCUGGAGAAGGACAUUGACGCCGUCAACGGCGCCGGCGGCAAACGCGAGUCCAAGACGCGCCUGCUCAACAUUGUCAUGCAGCUGCGCAAGUGCUGCAACCACCCGUACCUGUUUGAGGGCGCCGAGCCGGGUCCGCCGUACACGACCGACGAGCAUCUUGUGUUCAAUGCCGGCAAAAUGGUCGUGCUCGACAAGCUGCUCAAGCGCAUGCAGAGCCAGGGCAGCCGCGUGCUCAUUUUCUCGCAGAUGAGCCGCCAGCUGGACAUUCUGGAGGACUACUGCGUCUUCCGCGAGUACCAGUACUGCCGCAUUGACGGCAACACGGCGCACGAGGACCGCAUUGCGGCGAUUGACGAGUACAACAAGCCUGGGUCUGAAAAGUUUGUGUUUUUGCUGACGACGCGCGCCGGCGGCCUCGGCAUCAACCUGACGACGGCCGACAUUGUGGUGCUCUACGACAGCGACUGGAACCCGCAAGCCGAUUUGCAGGCCAUGGACCGCGCGCAUCGCAUUGGCCAGACCAAGCAGGUGUACGUGUACCGCUUCAUUACGGACAAUGCCAUUGAGGAGAAGGUGCUGGAGCGCGCAGCCCAAAAGCUGCGGCUCGACCAGCUGGUCAUCCAGCAGGGCCGGGCGCAGAUUGCGGCCAAGGCGGCGGCCAACAAGGACGAGCUCUUGUCGAUGAUCCAGCACGGCGCCGAGAAGGUGUUCAACACCAAGGGCGGCGGCACGGGCACGAUGGGCGAGAAGGGCAUGGAGAUGACGGACGAGGACAUUGACACGAUCCUGCAGAGCGGCGAGAAGCGGACCCAGGAGCUCAACGCGCGGUACGAAAAGCUGGGCAUCGACGACCUGCAAAAGUUCACGUCGGAAUCGGCGUACGACUGGAACGGCGAGAACUUUGCGGCCAAGAAGAAGGACGUCGGGCUGACGUGGAUCAACCCGGCCAAGCGCGAGCGCAAGGAGCAGGUGUACUCCAUCGACCAGUACUACCGGCAGGCCAUGUACGGCCACGCGCAAGCGCAAAAGGAGGCCAAGCCCAAGGCGCCGCGCGCACCCAAGCAGAUCCACAUCCAGGACUACCAGUUCUACCCCGAGGCGCUGCGCGACCUGCAGGACCGCGAGACAGCCUACUACCGCAAGGAGAUUGGCUACAAGGUGCCGCUGGCGGAUGGCGAGGAGGAGACGCUGGCGGAGCGCGAGGCCGAGCAGCAGAUCGACCAGCAGGAGAUUGACAACGCGACGGCGCUGACGGAGGAAGAGCAGGAGGAGAAGCAGCGGCUGUCGACGAUGGGAUUCGGCGACUGGAACCGGCGGGACUACCAGCAGUUUAUCAACGGCUCGGCCAAGUUUGGACGCACCGACUACGAGAACAUUGCCACCGAGGUCGACAGCAAGACAGGCAGCGAGGUCAAGCAGUACGCCAAGGUGUUUUGGCAGCGGUACAAGGAGAUCAGCGACUAUCCGCGGGCGAUCAAGGUGAUUGAGGACGGCGAGGAGAAGCUGCGCAAGAUUGAGCACCAGCGCAAGAUGCUGCGCAAGAAGAUGCAGCAGUACCGCGUGCCGCUGCAGCAGCUGCGCAUCAACUACUCGGUGUCGACGACGAACAAGAAGGUGUACACCGAGGAGGAGGACCGGUUCCUGCUGGUGCAGCUCGACAAGCACGGCGUCGACUCGGACGGCAUCUACGAGAAGAUUCGCGACGAGAUUCGCGAGAGCCCCCUCUUCCGGUUCGACUGGUUCUUCCUGAGCCGCACGCCCAGCGAGCUGAGCCGCCGGUGCACGACGCUGCUGACGACAAUCGUCAAGGAGUUUGACGACCUCAACACGGCCAAGAGCAACGGGCACGGCGGCCAUGCCAACGGCAAGCCCAAGCGCGAGCCCGACGGGGAUGAGGAGAACGACGAGGACAGUGUGCUGGGCGCGCCGCCCAAGAAGAAGUCCAAGAACGGCGUCAAGAACAAACCCCUCGAUAAUGUCAAGGCCAAGAACGGCGGUAGCAAGGCCAGCUCGGCGUCGCCCUCGCGGGCUUCGAGCGUCGCGUCGUCCAAGAAGGGAAAGCCUCAGAGCAAGCAGGCGGCGGCAGCGGCGAGCUCCAAGAGCAAAGCCAAGGGCCGCAAGCGGUAG